UGCAUUGCAAAAGACGAAUUAAAAUUCGAUUUAACUAGGCAAGAUGACUUCAUUUAACGCUGUGUCUGCUAUAAUGACGCUUGACGAUUAUUAUGAUAAAUGUGUUGAACCGAAAAUAAGUAUACCCAAGCGGUAUCCUGGCGUUACCUCAUCUGGCUUUAAGCGACAAGCAGCGCGCCUUCGAUCUUACAAAGAAAUAGACGCGAUGAAUGACGAUGAACAGGAGUAUGAAGACGAUGAGGAUAACGAGAAUUCGCAGAAAUAUGAUGAAGCACCAUUUAUUGACAGUCCCAUAUAUGAAUCGAACGAGAGUCAAAUAGAUUUUGAGAUCAAUGAUUUUAAUCGACUCUAUGAUGAGGUCGAUGAUAAUGGGUCGCAUGGCCAUGAGCAAAUGCCAGCCAACUCGGCUCAGUGGCGCAUACAGCCAAAUAAUGUGAACAGACCAGCAGGCUCUGCACCGCUGGUGCCAAACAAUUAUCGUGGUCGCGGACGACGUCGCAAUCGUUAUAAUCAAAACAAUAACAACUUGCGAGGAUCUGUGCAUAGCCGCUUAGGUUAUAACAUGAACAUGCGUAAUCAACAGCAAGGCAUGCUUAACGCCUACAAUAAUUUUAGCAACCAAGGAGGGAGAGCACCGCAGCAGGUUGUGACAAAUAUUAAUGCGCAUUUUGAUCAAGGUCAAGGCGCACAAAUGGAGUAUAAUUCGCUAACUUCCUUGAUUAACUCGGCUAAUCAAAUACAUGCAAAUACAAAUAACUAUUCGUUUAACGGUUGUGCACAGCUGCCGUUAAAGCUGCCAGAUCAGCAAAUACAGGUGCCCAUGAUCUCGAGAUUUGAGCAAAAAGAUGAUUCUGGUAAUAAUAAUGUGCGGCUCGUAGAUCUGUUAAAUUUGGGCAAUAGUAGCAGCUUCAGCUCUUUGGACCAAAACGAGAUAAGAAAAAAUAUGAUUCUGUUGAUGCAAAGAUUGAAUCAGGACAACACUGAGAAUAAUACCGACUCUGAGAGACAAAACUUUUUCUAAGACAAUUAUAAUAUGAAGUUUUUUCAUACAACAGU